AUGAAGGUUACUUCCGCCGUCGCUCUCGCGUCCAUCCUGACUGCUGCUCAAGCAUGGCACGUCAAGGCACCCGCUGCCGUCCAGGCUCGUCACUUUGGCACUUCAAUUCCUAUUCCUCCCCCUGGAGAGAUCACUUCUAGCAUCCCUCUGGUCCGCCCUUCCCGGACUCCUGUGGCAUCGUCUACUCCCUGUGAUGAGGCCACCUCUACUACCACUCAGUCGUCCACCGAGGAUUGCUCUACCCAGUCAUCUACCUACAGCUCGAUCCCGGUCUCUAUCCCGACUUCGUCCCCGACUGCGCCUGGCUCUUCGAUGCCCAUCCCCAGCUCUUCGAUUCCCUUCUCUUCGGUCCCGGUCUCUACCCCGGUCUCUUCGCCCAUUGGUAGCUCUUCCAUUCCUACUUCGUCUCAGACUACUAGCAUGGCCUCGUCCAUCACUAGCACUCCCCCCUAA